AAAUAUUCACACAACCUCAGAUAUCAUAUCCUUCUUUCUUUCUCUCUUCUCUUUCUCCACAAAACCAUUAUUAUUACAGUCAAAUGGGGAACAGCUUAAGGUGCUGUUUGGCUUGCGUUCUUCCCUGCGGUGCUCUUGACUUGAUCCGAAUAGUCCAUCUCAACGGCUUCGUUGAAGAACUCGCCGGUCCCAUCACCGCCGAUGAGGUCCUCAAAGCCAAUCCCAAUCACGUUCUAACCAAACCCACUUCCCAGGGAGUCGUUCGCCGGAUUCUCGUCCUCUCGCCGGAUACCGAGCUCAAGCGAGGCAGCAUCUACUUCUUGAUCCCAUCCUCCUCCGUCCCCGACAAUAAGAAGACUACUUCCUCCAAGAAGAACAAGAUCAGCAGCAAGAAGAAGAGUAGCCAUACUGUUUUGUCUUCUCAAUGUGAUAAACAUCUCGCAGUACUCUCUGCGGAUAUUGCCUCCUCCGAGAAGAAAUCUUCCCGCAGGGAUCGCCGAAGCGGCCACGCGGGAAUAUGGAAGCCUCGUUUAGAGAGUAUCUCUGAGGACUAGUCCUUUUUUUGUUUGGGGGGGGGGGUGGUCGGUGUUUGAGUUUGCCGGUGACGGAAUCUGGCUUUCUUGGGGAACCAAAAAUGGUUUCAAUUAUUGGAGGAGAGCGAAGAAUGAUGUACUCUCUUUUUUGCCCUUUUUGGUGUCCCUUUUGAAAACAAAUGUACGUGGGUUUUUGGUUUUGUGGAUAAACAAAAAUUUACCUUGUCAA